AUGUUGUUGUUCUACUCCUUCUUUGUCUUCGUUCUUUCGCUGUGCUCAUUGCACCAUGCCUGGCCAGUCGGGCAAGAAAUUGAUUUGAAUCAACCAGCUUCCCCAGACAAUGAAGAAGAGUGGCCAACGACAGAUAUGAUGACAACAAAUGCUCAGAUAAGCCCAACCCAGAAUGCUGAUGCACCAAUCAAAGCAAAAGAGAGGCCAAAGAGAAACAAAGAAAAGGCAAACGAGGCGAGCAAAAGAUACUAUCAAAGAAAGAAGAAUGGGCCUAAUUAUGCAGAAUAUCUGAGAUUAAAAAGGGAAUACAAGCACAGACGUUUCCAAAAUCUACCAGAAGAAAGAAAGAAUGAAGAACGUCUGAAGACAUCUUCAACUACAAAGGCUUACAUAAAGCGCAAGAAAGAAGAAGACCCGGAUUUCAGACAAAAAGAUUCAAGAACGCUGUUACGCAAACGUAUCUUUGAGGGAACAGCAACAGAUGAAGACAAAACGAAGUAUCGUAUUCUGUGUGACAAGGUUACGGCAGCGGUAAAAAAACACCACUUGCUAAAAGGAAAGAGGCAGCAAGCACCCUCAUCGAUUGAUAACAAAAGAGCAAAGAAGAAGCGCCGAAUCAAUGAAAAACAGCAAGAUCCUUAA